CUGGUUUUUCAAGUUGGGUAUAUCUUCUUCUUGCAGCAUCUCCCGUCUCGUGCUGUCGCUCCCUCGAGCGCUGCCGCAGUCGCUCCAUUCGCUACAAUUACCAUUCAUUUAGAUGUCGAUUACUGGAAAACGGGAGCACCUACGAAGAGUUUCUCUGCUUUAGAGAUGUCUAGCAGCCGACCGACGGCACGGGUCUUUUUUGCCGUUGACGUCGAAGAUCUACAGCCGUCUGAAUUUGUACUCGUUACUGGUUCAACAUCGUCCCUUGGAAAAUGGGACCCUCUCAAAGCCAAAACACUUACUCAGGAUGCCGACCGACCUACUCGUUGGCGUGGCUAUGUGGAUACAGCGGACGAUGAAGUCCGUUUUCGAUAUUUCAUUGGCUACUUUCUAUGUGGAGAACAUGGACAGCGUUUGAUCAUAGGUAGAUGGGAAUCGUUUUUACAUCCACGAUCCGUCACACUGAAAUCGGACCAGAAAGGAGGCGUGUUCCGAGCGAAUCAUGUUGAUAUCUUCGGUUACUACGCUGGACGAAAAGUCCUUUCGGAAGGAUGGUUGCAGUACGAUGAUGAAAAUCAGAUCUUGCUUCGCCUUUAUGGUUCGGCGUUGAAGUUCUACAAGUCUGCAAAGGAACGCAAAAACUGCACCAAAAGCGGAGCCAAAAUCAAUUUCAAUUACGGUGUGGAUGAAGAAGAUGAUGAAGACGAUAAUGGUUUACCGCCUUAUCCUAGCCAUUCAUCAAUUUCUGUGGCGGUUCUUUCCGACAAAAAUCCGAAAUUCAGGCAGCAGCCAGAUGUAGGCAUACUAUUCAAUAAUAAUGUAGACUAUGUUGUAUAUAAAACUCACUCGGUUGCUGUGGAGUUUCUGGCAUUUUAUAUAGAAAUCUUUUCGGAAGAAGGGAAGAGGAUUGGCGCAUGCUAUGCUCUUCCAUCUUCCUUAGCUGAUUCGUGUGGUCUCUCCCAGCUACCGUUUAUCAACUCUUCGGGAAGGCCUAUUGGGCAAAUAUCUGGUAAGUGGAGUAUCUUUUUGUACGCAAAAUUUGCGGUAAAACCCCGCUACACUGGUAAAAACUAUGGAAUGAACUUUGGUUUCCCCGGUUUGCUUGCAGCCGCGAGAACCACAUAUUUCGUUGAACACAUCGCAGCUGCAAAAAAUGGCGCUGAUUAUGUGGAAUUUGAUGUGCAGCUAACGAAAGACAAGGUGGCCGUGAUCUACCACGAUUUCCACGUGCUUGUCUCAGUGGCGAAACGUCACGCUUCAGGAAACUUUUGUGAGGCGUUGCGACCUUCCGACAUACACAGCGAGAAGCACAUUGAUUAUCACGAGAUCCCUGUCAAAGAUUUGAAGCUCAACCAGCUCAAGCUCCUUAUGGUAAGUUUCUAG